UAACAGCCAUUUCUCUCGAUAGAUCGCCGAGCUGGAGCAGCCCAACUCCUCUCACUCCAGCAAAAAGGCAGCAGAGGUCUAGGGUUCCGGCCGCCGGAGCAGAUCCCACCGCACGGAGGAGCAGAGCCACUGGGAGAGAAGGGGGAUGAGCGGGAGCGCGUUCACCGCCUUCAAGUCGAAGGUGCCGGUGGCGUGGAGCCCGCGGCUGUACAUCACGCUGGUGCGCGGGCUCCCCGGGACGCGCAAGCUCCACCGCCGCACCCUCGAGGCCAUGCGCCUCCGCCGCUGCCACCGCACCGUCGAGCACCGCACCACGCCCUCCCUCCUCGGGAUGCUCACCCAGGUCAAGCGCCUCGUCGUCGUCGAGACACAGGAGAUGUACAACGCGCGUAAGCAGGCCGACGAGCAGCGCCGCGCGCUCAGGCCCCCGCUCGUCGUCUCCCACGCCCCGCCGUCCAAGCCGGCCGCCGCCGCGCCGGAGGGCGCCGGGCAGUAGUGGCCUCCGGGCAUCAGAGUCAUCACAAGCUCUGGUCGAGUUGAUCAGCUGAGCCGUAGUUCCAUUUUGCUGGGAACCGCCUCUUGGCUUCAGAUUUCUAGUGCCUUUUGUGUCAUGUUGCUCCAAAGAUUGUGGCUUGUUCUCAGUUCUUGUGAUAUGUUUAUUUUCCGAUUAGGGCAGCAUCCUUAAUUGGAGCAGAAAAUUGUUACAGCUAGGUCUAUAUGGUAUGUUGUUUAUUUGUUGGUUCCCGCCUCACCAAAGGGAUUACUAGCUUGGAUUUUAUUUUUGCCUUAAUUGCCAGAGUCGCAAUAACUGUCUGACUUGUUAUAAUAUGAAAACAAUUUGGUAAAA